GGAAAGAGCAUGCCACGUGGCGCGGGGACCGGUGGACAACGUCAUAGUAGAGGACGUGCAAAGUGUUUAAUGCAAUGCUUCCUCUUCUUCUAUCCACCGUUGUGAUGGAGAGGAACAAUUCUCGAUUUUUUAAAGGAUUUGCAAGUCGAGCAGCAGCAGCAGCAGCACCACCACCACCGCCACACGAAUGAAGAGCAAUUGCGUUGAGAGCUAUGUGGCGCCGUCGCCGUAGCAAGGAUUGAGAUUCUUUCCAGGAAGAAAGAGGCGUAGGUAAUCAGCAUCCGAAUCAAAAGCGACACUUGACACACACGCGCUUGAUGCUUCCCAUCUCACCUGGACGUUCUGUGGUUUAAAUUCACCUGCCUAGAAGACUUGAGAGACGCGCGCGAGAGGCUGGACGAGGGUUGCUGCUUGUUCUUUUAGACUAUCUAUUUCCUAGUAGCUGCUCCUCCUUCCAUUCUUCUUUUUGGUUGUGGAGCAAGGGCGUCUUGUCUUGCUGUUGGUCCUAGCCUAGCAUCCCCUAGCAGGAGUGACUACAUAGCUCUCUCCCUUCUCUCCCUUCAAGCUCCUCUUCACCUUUCUUGAAACAAGAAACGUUUAGACUUUGCUUUCUCUUUCUUUCUUUUUUGCUGCGGGCCAAACACGUAUAUCGAUCGAUCAGUUUUGCCGGCUUUGAGAUUGCGUGUGUGCGCAGCGUGAGCAACAUAUAACAUCAUGUCGGGCGUGUGGGUGUUCAAGAAUGGAGUGGCGAGAUUAGUCUCCAAUCCGCUCAUGGAGCCGAUCGACAGCGGCGAGCGCGGAAUUCUUCGCAAGAAAGUGCUGGUGCAUGUCCCCAGCAACCAGAUCAUCUCCUCCUACGCGCACCUCGAGGCCAAACUCUUGGAUCUUGGGUGGGAGCGCUACCCCUACGAAGAGCCCGAUCUUAUCCAGUUCCACAAGAUCUCCUCGGUCGACCUCAUCUCUCUGCCCGCAGACUUCACCAGGUUCAAGACCAUCCACAUGUACGACAUUGUUGUCAAGAACAGAUCCUUCUUUGAAGUACGGGACUUCUCAUGUACUUAAAAAUUCGCUCCCUUCCCCCACCAAGACAAAGAAGAAAAAUACAAACCAUGAUAAUAAAAUGUUGCUCCCAUUCUGUUUA